CGCCCGGCCCCUUCCCUCGGGCACACCCGCCGCCCGCUCCUGCCGCCGGGGAAGGCAGCGGGGCCGGGUAAACGCAUCGGCCGCUCCUCCGCGCCACAUUCGCCAAACGCCGGGGCACACGCCUCAGGCUGCUCCUCGGCCGGGCCGGGCCGGGGGAAAAGGGGUUGGCGACGCUUCUGCCUGAGGAGCGGGAAGAGGGGCUGAAAUAGAGAGAGGCGGGAACCGGCUGCCCCCCGCCCGGGGCUAGCGAAUCGGCCUCUGCCGACGGGAGCAGCCGCCAUCCCGGGUGAGACAAUGAACGACUGGGCCCCCAUAGCGAAGGAGUAUGACCCCCUCAAAGCCGGGAGCAUUGAUGGCACCGAUGAAGAGCCCCACGACCGAGCCAUAUGGAGGGCUAUGUUGGCACGGUAUGUACCCAACAAGGGAGUUACAGGAGAUCCUCACCUCACCCUGUUUGUCGCGAGGCUCAACCUUCAGACAACAGAAGAGAAGCUGAAGGAGGUCUUUUCCCGGUAUGGAGACAUCAGGAAGAUCCGUCUGGUUCGAGACCUGGUCACGGGGUUUUCUAAAGGUUAUGCAUUUAUUGAGUACAAAGAGGAGCGUGCUCUCUUGAAGGCCCACAGAGAUGCCAACAGGCUGGUUAUUGAUCAACAUGAGAUCUUUGUAGACUUUGAACUGGAAAGAACUCUUAAAGGAUGGAUUCCUCGGAGGCUUGGAGGUGGGUUUGGAGGCAAAAAAGAAUCCGGGCAGCUCCGGUUUGGAGGACGGGACAGACCUUUCCGAAAGCCCAUCAAUUUGCCAAACGUGAAAAACGAGUUUUAUGGAGAAGGAUCAGCAGAGAAAAGAAACUGGUCUCGUGAAGGAACAAGGGACUGGAGAGCCAGGGACCGAGACCAUGAAAGGAGCAGAGACAAGCGAUGGCCAGAAAGGGAGCGCUCGUGGGCUUGGGGUGACAGUGAGAGAGAGAGGGACUCUAAAGAAGAGAGAAGCAGAGGAAGGGAGAAGAAGGACAGAGACAGGAAGGACAGGGACAGAGACCAGAGCAGGGAAAGAGAUACCAAGAAACAAAGAGACGAGGAUAAGCACCGGUAGGUGAUGUUUGUUGGGGUAGGGUGUCUGCUCUUAUAUCCACAGCUGAGGUGUUGCCUCCAGCCUGGGGCUGUGAGCAGCAUUCCCAGAACAGGGAGCUGUGCUGUUACUGUCCUGUGCCUGUGACUCUCUCCAGCUAGAAUGUCUGUCUAGUUUCGUUGCUAAUGCAGUUGGGAUACGUGUUGAAUUCUCAGACAAAAUAAAUUUUUGUGUUCAUGUU